GCCCUAAAUCGUGCAAUUAGAUAGCCUCCUCUUCUCUCUGACGAGCAACAAAGUUACAAACCGAAGGUCCUAAAUCAUGAAAUCAGACAGCCUAGCCUCUUCUCUCUGAAACUCUGACGAGCAGCUUCUUCCCUUUGACGAGCAACAAAGUUACAAACUCAAGGUGAAUUAAUCCUUUCAGACAAGCUUUUUCUGUUUGCUUGGCUUGAUCACACAUAGGACUUCUAUCCAUCUUCAACAACAGGAUGAUCUGAUACGGCAACUGGUUCAAAAAUUGCUUCAGCAGUAGCAUAAGUAAUCAUUAAGGCAUCAUUUGCAAGUAUUCUAUCCAGCUUACUGAAGUAGGUUCUGUAAGUCCAGCAUUGAAGUCCCCCAUGAUAAACUGAGGCAUAUUUUUGACAGUAUUUGAAAAUUGCACAAUUUCCCUCCACAUGUUUCUUCUAUUGAUAUCUUUGAUGCUUGGAUACGUACCGGCACCCGACACACGUACCCGAGUCCAGCUUCCAAUAAUUUGCAUUGCAAUGGCUGAUGUGGAUCAAGUAGUGGGAACCGAUACAACUUCUCUAAUAGAACAGCUUGGUAAGGCAUUCCUCGAACUGAAAGCUCACAAGGAUGCUGCUGAAGAUAAGGUUCAGUGGGCUGAAAUUGAAGAACAUUUUUGCCACCUUGAGACAAUGAUGAAGAAGAAAUUUGAAGAACUAGAAGUUAGGGAGAAGGAAAUUAUAGAAAAAGAAUCUGAGAUUCACACAAUGAUUUCAGAGAGAGAGGUGGCUGUUGCUGCCAAAGAGCAAGAUUUGUCAGAUCGGAUUCAGGAACUAAAAGAUGCUGCUGUUGGUGCAAUAGCAGAGGCACGGGCAAUUCACCUGCCAGCAUCUUUGGAACUCAUUGAUAGUGGAGACAGCAAAGAAAGCAAGGUAAGCACCUCUCCUGGUGAUGCAAAUGCACACCUUGCUGCUUUAGAGGAGAAUUCUCCUCAUAGAACAGGUGAAAAUGUUGAAGUUGUGGCUGGUGAGGUUAAACCUCGUCCAGAGUUGACACAAUUUUGUGAGCAGAUGGAUGCAAAAGGGCUUCUGAAUUUUACAAUGGAGAAUCAAAAAAAUAAAUCUGCCAUUUGUGCGGAACUCUCUGUCGCACUGGAAAGUGCAACUGAACCAGGCCGUUUGGUGCUGGCUUCACUGGAGGGUUUCUACCCUCCAGAUGACAGUACCCAAGAAGGGGAUAUAAGGGAUGCUGCCUUUCAGGGUAUGCGCCAAUCCUGUCUUAUUUUAAUGGAAGCCAUGGCCACUUUGUUGGCAAGGGCUGACCCAGGUGCCGAUCACCUUCUGAACCCUGAAAUUAAGCAGCAAGCCAAGGUCAUUGCUGAUGAGUGGAAGCCUAAGUUGGCUGGUGAAGGCAUUGAUGCUGCCAAUGGAAAUUCAUUGGAAGCUGAGGCAUUCUUGCAGCUCCUUGGAACUUUUAGUAUUGCUUCAGAGUUUGACGAAGAAGAACUCUGCAAGCUUGUUCUUGCAGUUGCUCAUCAGAGGCGGGCACCUGAGCUCUGCCACUCUCUUGGAUUAGCACAUAAAAUUCCAGGUGUUGUUGAAGAAUUGAUCAACAAUGAGAAACAAAUUCAUGCAGUACAUUUUGUCCAUUCAUUCCAGCUGACAGAAAGGUUCCCUCUCGUGCCUCUCCUAAAGACGUAUCUGAAGGACCUGAGGAGAAACUCACAAGGAAAAGGAAGUAGGUUGGGAGGUGCCAGUGGUCAACAGAAUGAUGCAAAUGCUCAAGAACUCACAGCAGUGAAAGCUGUAAUUUGGUGCAUUCAAGAGUACAAGCUUGAGGAGGACUACCCACUUGAUCCACUUCAGAGAAGGGUUGGGCAGCUAGAGAAGUCAAAGCCUGAUAGGAAGAGGUUUGGAGAUUUUGGUAAAAAGCAACAAUUCAAGAAGCCACGAGCAAAUGGAGUCUAUGGGUUCCGUGCACCUGCCACUGCUACUGCUGCUGCUGCUGCUGGUGGCGGUAGACAGGCUCCAACUGUUUUUGCCGAGAGAACAACAUAUGCAGGAACGUCGGAGAGGUAUCCAUAUGCUGGUCCGAGCACAUACGAUUACCAAGCACCUAGUGGCCAGGCCGCAUACCCUCAGCAAGCCUACGAUCAAAGGUCAUACUACUAUCCCCAAGAUGAGAGGGUUACUGCAACAACUUAUAGCGCUGCUCCGUCUAGUUAUGGCAGUUACAUGGGUAGUGCAACUCAGCCUUCACACCAACCAUAUAUGUAAUUUUCUAAUUUGAGUAACUGAUACUUGACCAAACUCUUAUCCAACCUUUUUUUCGAGCCGGCCUUAUGUAAUGCAUUUGCCUUGCUAACAUGAAACCUGUAUUUGCUAUAUGGAAACCUAAUGUUCUGGUUAGCUCAUGGUUCUGCUUCUGUUAUAGGCACAAGAAGUUAGUUUUUAUUAUAUGUAUUUCUUAAGUUGUGUUUGGUUAUAUGGAAAUUUUGAAAUGGCUACAGUUCUGUGCUCA